AGGAAGCCGGAAGUAGUCGAAGCGCAGAUGAGGAGGCGAGUUUCUUUCUGACGACGUUGGUGCUGCUCGUUUGAACGCUUUACUUUGUGUAUUUUUCUUCGGCAAAGUUUCCUCGCGUUCUCUUUUCAGUCUAAACAAGUCCUCAAUUAUCUAGAAUCUGGCUCCUGCCCGAUGGCUUCCAACAGCUGUCCCACAGUGAACGGGAAGGUGGCUGCGCAGGACGCCCAAGGUGGCUCUGCCGUCCGACCCUCCGCCCACAUGGGCUCUUUGGAAGAGACCCUCCAUCAGAUGAACAUACUGAUCAAGGAGAAUCGGGACCUGAAGGAAGCUCUAAAGCACACUAAUUUUGCAAUGAAGGAACGUUUUGAAGGGCUGUCUGCCUGGAAGGAGAAGCAGAAAGAGGAGCGGGACUUUCUGGAAGGAAAAUUGGAAGAGGCAAAGAAGCACGUGACUGUUCUCAACAAACAGAAUGAGGAACUGAGGGUCAAGCUAUUGACCCUGGAGGAGAAAACAGGUGGAAGUGCUCAGGGUGAAGCAAGCAGCCAGAACUCUGAGCUGGAGGUAUUGAAGGCUCAGAUUGCCAGGCUGCAGGCCGAGAAAAAUGAUCUAGUGGCUCUGAACUCCGAGCUGCAGCUGAAGAUGGGUCAGGGCUCCCCUGAGGACUCCUUCAUUGAGAUCAGGAUUGCCAAGGAAGGAGAGGUAAAUCUGACUAAAGAUUUUCCAAGCAUCCAAAAAGAGACAUCUGCAUCUAGCUUGCCCAAGUGUAACAUGACUGCGUCCUGCCUGCAGUCGGAGGAACUGACAGUUAGCAAGUUGCUGCAGUCUCUAAGAAAGGAGGUCCAAAAGGUGGAGAAACUGGAACUUGAGCUACAAGCUGCAAGAGAGAGGCCAUCGGAUCCUGGUGUUCGGAUAAGGAAAAAUGCCGAAACUCAGACUUCCCUGCUGAUGCCAGAAAGGGACUGUUCAGCAGCUCUAGUCGCAGAGACAGCUGUAUAUGAAUGUGAUGGAAAAACACAACAUGCAGCUCGAGCAGUGGAAAACGAGCCUGCCACUGAAGUGGAGAGCCUGAAGGCCCAAAUGAUGACUCUGUUUAAAGACCUGCAGCAGGCUCAGUCCAAUUUGAAUAAUGCUGAGGAAAUGAAGAAGACACUACAAGAAAGGUGUAGGGAGCUUGAGCAGGACCGGACAAUGUUGAGGACCCAACUGGUAGAGAAGCAUCAUGUGCAAGAAUUAAACGAAAGACUAAAGCUGCAGAUGGAGAGCAUUGAGUCUGUCAACAAGAUAGAACAUAAAAGAGCAGAGGACGACAGGAAAAAUCUGGCUCAGCUGCGAGAUGCUUACACAAAGCUUUUUGAAGAUUAUAAUGAAAUGAAGGAACAAAGAAAGAAAAACCAGUUGGUCUCCAAGGAGGAGCUAGGAGAGCUUCAGUCCAGGUUGUCUGCUGCUGAACAGGCCCUGGUGGCAAAGCAGCUGCAGAUUGAUGAGAUGAAGCAAGAAAUCUUCAAGAAAGAGCAGGAACUGGAAACCCUUUCAGUGUUUCAGGCACAGGCUGAGGUAUACUCCUCUGAUUUCUAUGCGGAAAGAGCAGCUCGAGAAAAAAUUCAUGAGGAAAAGGAACGCCUGGCAGCACAGCUGGAGUUUGUGAAGAAGCAAAAUAGCCAGCUGCAGGAGGAAAUGGAUUCCCUGGGCAGGAAGACCCUCAAUGAGAUGCAGCGCCGCCAUGUUUCACGAGGAGCGAGUCCACAUGGUGCUGUUUCACACAACCUGCCAGUGUCCAGAGGUCCUGAAGGCAGAGACUGGCAGCAGCAGGUGAAAAUCCCAGAACAUGCCUGUCCUAAGUGCAAUGAGAUCCUGCCUGACCUUGACAGUCUCCAGAUCCACAUUAUGGACUGUAUCAUAUGAUCAGGGCACAAGGAUCAGAAAUGGUUGAUUUCUGAAAUACUGCCACUUCUAAACAGUCAUUUAGGAUUCUACGUUUUUCCCUAAAGAAGUAUGUCAUCUUAAUGGUGGUGUUAUAGGUACAGCACAGUGCAUAACUGCUAUAAUGUAACCAGAGCAGAAGCAUUUGAUCGUAUAAAAGAAAUUCAUGCCAGAAUAUCAAUGUAGUACCAUUUCUGUCUGUGAUAUGCAUAUGUGAAAUGAGCACUUUUGAGUACAAUAUACAUGUGAUUCAGCUUUGUGAAAUCUUUUUUCUUUGGUGCAUGUACAUGUAAAUUCAAAGAUGGGAAAGGUCUUGUUAAAAUACAAUAAAGUAUACAGAAAUUAACUAUUAUGAGAGAGGAUAAGUUGCCUCCACAACAAACUCCUGCUGUUUC